UUGUUCAGUGAGUAACAGUGAUCGCUUAAACAUCGAACUUUGAGUUUGUCCCAGUGUUGUUUGUGAAAAUGUACGGUUUUACUUCGAAUCCGAUGAUGGAAGAGUAUCAGAGCCAUCAGCAACCGCCGGCUCAACCUAGCAGCCCUACGAGUCAAGAAGGGCACAUUAAAAGACCCAUGAACGCCUUCAUGGUAUGGUCUAGGAUACAACGAAGGAAAAUUGCAUUGGAUAAUCCUAAGAUGCAUAACUCUGAGAUAUCUAAGAGGCUUGGUGCUGAGUGGAAACUCUUGUCUGAAGCUGAUAAGAGGCCUUUCAUUGAUGAAGCUAAGAGAUUAAGGGCUUUGCACAUGAAGGAACAUCCCGAUUAUAAGUACAGACCAAGAAGGAAACCUAAGGGUCCUCUACAGUCUGCUUUGAAACCUGGAAUGGGAUUUCCCAGCUUGCAGUUGCCAUAUUUUCCACCCAUGGACACCUUAAGCUCACCAUACCCAUACUUUAAUCCAGCUUUUGAUAUUUCAAGGAUGGGAGGCGCACCCACCUUUUCUCCGCAAUCAGAAAAACCGCCUCAGUCAGCCACAGUAACCUCUUUACACUCAUCAUUAUAUAGUUCACUCUAUCAUCAACAACCUCCAGUAAAAACGUUUGCCCAUUCACCUCAUCACCACAUGGGAAUGUUCCCUUCUAUAACUAGUUCUCUGUCAGCACCGAUGAUGUACUCAGCUUCUUCCAGUCCAGCGUCGAGUACUGGCAGCACAGACUUGGAAAUCCGACGGCCAGUACCCGUAAUGUAUUAGUGUAGUUCCACGUGUGAUUUUUUCAAGGUAUUUGGCAUAACUUAAAUGGCUACGAUAGUCACUUUCUUAGUUUUUAGUGUAUAUUAUCUGUAUGUGAAACAGCGUUAAAUAAAUUAUUGUAGAUCUCAAUUUAAAAAUCCCGAAUUUAUUUAAUGCUGUUAAUAUUGCUAGGGAUUUUUUUUGUUCUGUGAUUGUCUACCGAUUACGACUGAUUUUAAAAUGUACAUACUGUAAAUUGGAUAUUAACUUGUGUAUAAAAUUGUACAGUGUGGAUGUAUUGUUGAUAAUUUUUGUUAAUUUAUAUUAUUACGAGGAA